UCAGGGAUUAGAAGAUUUAGAUCAGCAAGAUGGAAGAGAUAAAUUUGAACGAGACGUUGAGCUACAGAAUACUCGUCGGCAUUCAGCUGUACUACACGCCCGCUCUAGUCACCCUUGGUUCCCUCGGUAACUCGUUGUCAGUUUUGGUCUUCUUCACAACGAAGCUCAGGAAGCUUUCUUCCAGCUACUAUCUUUCAGCCCUGGCCAUCUCGGACACGGGUUUUCUACUCAUCACAUUUCCCUCCUGGCUCGGCAUGUUCGACGACGUCACCUGGUUCAAUCAGCCCGGAUUCUGCGAAUUCUCAGUUUACAUGACCCAGGUCUGUAGUUUCCUCAGCGUUUGGUUCAUAGUAGCGUUCACAGUGGAGAGGUUCAUAGCUGUCCGGUACCCUUUGAAAAGGCCAAGCAUGUGCACUGUUUCGAGGGCGAAGGCCGUCCUCCUAUGCCUCUCACUCUUCGCUUUGAUAUCAUACACACCGUACAUUUUCAUCUCUGGUGUGUCAAAACAAAACGGCUCAGACAUCGAGACGUGCGGUCCAAGGAGGGAGCUGAUGGGCAUAGCGACCACUCUCAAUCACGUGGAUGUGGUCUUCACCCUGCUCAUACCCUUUCUUGCGAUCGUCAUCCUCAACGCGCUCAUAUCCAGGACGGUGUACAAAGUCGCCAGGGUGAGGCGCUCUAUGACUAAGUCCUCCGGAGGAGGAGGAAGCCACAAGUCAAGGACUUCAUCGUCCCAGACCAAAGUGACAGAAAUGCUCCUAGUCGUCUCAACAGUUUUCAUAUGUUUAAACUUGCCCUCCUACGUGAUGCGGGUGUGGGUCUACCUGAGCGAAAGUCUGAAUCUAGGAGAGGAACAGAACAUAAACAUGAUUAUUCUUCAGCAAUACUUCCAACUACUAUUUCUGACUAACUUCGGCAUCAACUUCGCCCUGUACUGCGUCAGCGGCCAGAACUUCAGAAAAGCCCUGAUCUCCAUAUUCAAACCGGACCUGCUCCGAAGGGCUGAAACUACUCAAAUUACUGUAGUUUCGGAGUACUGCAGAACAGCCAGCACCAGGAGGACCAAGACUGUCAACGGAUCCUGGAGAGAGACGCACGAGCUGGUACCGAUCAACAGGCCAAUGAACUGAAAACUGAUCGUUGCUACCAAAAACCCAUUUGCCAAUAUCUGGACUGUCAUAUAAGUUUUUUCCACAUUUCCAUGUACAUAUUACUUUUACGUAUAUUACAUAUUACUUUCGGUGUUUAUUAUUUCUAAUAAGUAAAGGAAUUUUCGAUUUAAUUGUAAUCGGUUUUUUCCUUCAUUGUAGGUAGUACUUGAGCUCUAAUAAUAUCCAAUUGAAUGUAUGUUAAUAAAACAAAUUUGCUGCCCGUUUACCUUUAUUCAACAACCAUCAUCAUAAAUAGGUAGGUAAUGCAAAAAACUUAUAAGAUCUAACAAGAAACGAGAUAUGUGUGAAGUAUCAUGCAGUGUAUACCAUGAAUGGACGUCAAUAAUUCAGAAGGUUGUCCUACAUGUCAAAUUAGACUAAAACGUCCCUAUUUUCCAAAGUCUGAUUUUAAACUGUAUUUG